AUGCGGUGGCUGAUCGGCAGCAUCGGCGACUGGAACGCCGCCUUCGCCGAAGCCUACAAGGUUCUCAAACCGGGCGGCUGGCUCGAGAGCUACGAGAGCGGCUCCAUGAUCGACAGCGACGACGGCACCGUCACAGAAGAUUCAGCCCUCGAGGACCUCCAGAGGAAGGCUAUGCAGGCGGCGGGCUUUGUCGAUAUCGACGAGCGAAACCUUAAGACUCCCCUCGGAGCCUGGCCAAAAGACCCUGGUCUUAAAGAGGUUGGGCAGUACGCCCAGCUCGCCCUCGAGGCCGAUAUCGAAGGAUACUGCUUAUACCCGGCAACCGCUCUCGGCUGGAAGCCUGAAGAGGUUUCUGUUUACGCAGCCCACGUCCGUAACGAGAUCCGGUCAUUAAAGAUACAUUCGUACUACCGCCAGAGAGUAAUCUGGGCGCGUAAGGCCUUGGAGACUCAGGAAGAAUAA